AUGCAGGCUCAUCGAAAUGGACCCACUCCACCUCCAUUACCCCGCAACCCUUCUCGAUCAAUGUCGACCUCGACAGUAUCGACCAUUCAGACCAGCUACACUCAACAAUCAGGAUUAUUGCCCCCACCAUCACCUGUAGGUGGACCAUUGGCUUCUCCCGUCAGUCUCAGUGGUAGUGGAAGACAAAACAGUUUCCCCUUUCAAUCGUCAAAUGGUGAUGAGGUGGAUAAAUUAGGUUACAUGUAUUCAUUACGUGUAGCCGUGCUACACCAUCAUCUGUCACAUCCACCACCACCUUCAAUGCCUCAUCGAGCUUCUACAGCCUCAGGAUUCUCGGUACACUACACACCACCACUUCCACCUAUGCCAUCACCGCCUUUACUUGGGACAUCACCCAACGGGUCCAGAUUGACCUUUUCCACGUUUUCACCGCCUUCGACCUCAGGCCUCAAAACGCCUGAAAUGGGAGGAACCUCAUUCUUUCCCUCACAAUCUCAAACUCCUUCACCUGGUCCCCCAAUGAACAGAAGGAAAUCAUCUGGUUUCGGACUGAGUUUGGGUCGUCAUAAAUCAGAAGAGGGAGUAAAAUUGCCAAAGGAAUUUCUAUUGGAAUUCUGGGGAACACUGGCUAAUGAAGAAGGUGAUCAUGUCUGGAAAUCCGCUGUAGUAUCAUUCUUGGGUCUCAUCAAAAAGGGCACGAAAACUCCCAGUGGAUUGAAUCUGAGAGAAGUACCCACUUUGCUUGAAGCUUUCACAUCAUCAAUCCCACCUUCUGUACCCGGAUCAACGCCCGCACACGUACACCAAUCUCACUUACUACAAUUGCUUUACAACUCAUUACCUAGAUCAUCAUUCUUUUCACCGAUAGCGAAACCGCAGACUGAGAAAGAUCGUGAUUUCCUGUUUCGUCUCAGAGCAGAAGUCCAAUCGUACAUGCUAGCUCCUUCGCCCAAUCCAGAAGUCGAUACAGCUUCAAGUGGACUACCAAUCAUGCCAGCUUCUCCACCACAAUCGGUCAGAAGGAAAUCAUCUGGUAUCGGUUUAGGUAGAAUUUCCACUAACUCUCAGGACAGUAUCAAGCGAAAACCAAGCCCAAUCUGGGAUGGCGAUGUCAAUGAAAUGAUUGAGACCGUAGCUCAAGUCUGGGGUAUGCGAAAAGAUGUACUGGAUAGAGAUGUUAUCGAUAUCAAACGAAGUGGUGUAAUGGAACAGAUGUACAUGGCAGAUCUUAAACGAGCAAUGUCUUCUCUUUCGGCUCAACCACCCCCUCUUACACCUUCGCAGAAAAAUCGACAGGCUCAACUGUCUCAUUCUCUUUCAUCGCUGCUUAAAGACUUCCCAGAUCUCGCUGCACCAGGCUCGCCAAAUGAUUUCAGCGCUCCUUUAUCGCCUACUUCCCCUCGAAGCGAACUGUCUUCACCAUCUUUCUUCAUCCCUCCUCGAUCAGUCGAAGUCUUUGGUCGACUAGCUCAGAAAUCAGGCGAAGCAGGACACUCUACACGAACGAGGGAUCUAGUUGAGAAAUGUAGAGACAUAUGGGGGAUUGCUUCCCGUCGCGAAAAAGAAAAAGAAAUGGAAGGUAUACUCCGACGAUGGGGUGAUAGCAUUGGAACUAGAGAUGAAGUCCCAUUAGCCAAGACUGUAGCUGAUGGAGUUAGAUUGAUGUCAUAUGGAUUAAGAAAGGGUGAUCCUUUACCACCUGUCUUGGCUGAACUGUUGAGCACAGUAUUGUCAUUGGUCACAACAUCUUUACCUACUAUUUUCCCCACUACUUCUUCUGCACCACCAGCUCCUCCUCCGUCACUUCUUCUUAUCUUCAACGCUGCGCCGGAUCUGUUUGCGGCUCAAUCACAUACUCAGAGAAUACUGGAAAACGCCUCGGACGAGUUGAAAGGCGCAGCGAUAGGAGAAUACGUUCAAGCUGUAGAAUACUUAACUGGAGGUGUGGGUCAACAAGAUGAUGGCUUAAGAUCUGUAGGAACCAGUGGGAAAGAUAAAUUGGUUGAAGGUUUCGAAAACGUAGCUGCGUGGAUAAACAAAGAAAUCACAGACGUCAAAAGAGUUUGGGGAAAGGGUCUUGGAACCUCCCUCAAUCCAGCGGCUAUCAUCAUAUCACGUCAGCUACCCUUGUUCUUGGCAGAGCUUCAGAUCAUCGAUAAGCCAAGAGGAGUAGCCUCGGAUGUUUUCUCUUUGUACGAGACUACAGGUAAACUACUUGAUCUAUGGGAUGAUCUAUGCCCCGGACAAGAACAUGGAUUUGAGUUAGACGCUUUCUUCGAGCCACAUGUAUUGGCUUGGUUAAAAGAUACUGAAGGGAAGGAAGUGCAUGAUUGGGUUAGUAGAGCGGUUGGAAUGGAUAGCUGGGUCCCGGAAGGUGAAAACAAACACAGUCAAUCAGUUAUCGAUCUAUUUGAAUUCAUUCGAUCUUCAGCACAAGUGAUUCUGCACGAAUUACCUUUAUCAGAGUACAAGCGUGCAGUCUUCCUUGUUGAUUAUUCCAAGACUGUCUCUCUCGCUGUUUCAUCUUACGCUACGACCGUACACGCUCUCUUCCAGCAUGAUCUGAACCCCGCAAGAGUAGCUACGCCAACAUCGGAGAUUCAAAAUAAACUAGGUAGUAAAGCUGGUAAUUGGUUGGCUAAAGGUCAACAAGCUGUCAAAAACCUGGAGCGGAAAAAAGUCGAUGGAUUUACCGUGCCUCCCGCGGCCUGUGUCAAGCUCACUGACAUGUCGGCCGCCAAACAAUCACUUGAAGAUCUCAUGUACGCGAUGGAAGCGGAAGAUACAGCUCGAAUAGUCAAAGCAGCUAAACCCGGCUCUGCCUCUGAUAAAACGACCAGGCACAUCUUCACUGUCUCAAUCUUGCGAGGAGAAAAUCUCGUAGGGAGAGGAUCAAAACCGGCGGAUGGAUUCGUCGUCGUUGUCGACAAGGAGACUUCCGAGAGGCUGAUCAAGACCAGGACUGUCUUGGGUGCUGAAGAUCCUAAGUGGGAACAUAAUUUCGAAGUCUCAGUAGGAGGCAUCAAGGUCUUGGAACUUCAAGCAUACGAUCGACAACUAGUUGGUAAACACGAUUUGAUGGGAGUAUCAUCGUUCAAACUUGAUCCCAGGUUAUUUAGCGAUUCACCUAUUCGAGAUGUCACACUACCAUUAUCAUCUUCGAGGGGAGUAAUCCAUGUUCGAAUAUCUAUGGAAGGUGGUGAGAAACAUGAUGUCGGAUAUCACUUAUCCUCGGCUUCAAGAGCUCUAGAUAGGUCGUCGAUUGAUAUGUCUAGGGAGUUGGUGGACAAGAUGGCUGAAUUCAUCAGAUCUCAAUUGAGUGUAUCUACCUUGAACAAUCUGACUAAACCUCUGAAAGACAAGAAAAAGGCGAAAACAGUAUUGAGCGAACAAGACAUUGAAAUCAGUUUAGGAGGUUUAUUCGAUUAUUUGAACGAGAAUUUCUCAGUGUUUUCAGUGACGCUAAACCAUGAGACCAGGUUGAAAUUGAUGCUUUCCAUUUGGCGACGAAUAAUCGAUAUACUCAUUUCCUUGGUCGUACCUCCAUUAUCAGAUAAACCAUACACCGGACCUUCCUUGUCAUCAUCCGAGGUAGAUGUGAUCUUUAAAUGGCUCAUCUUGUUAAAGAACUUCUUCAAUGCAUCAGAAGGUGGAAUUGAACACGGAGUUCCGAUAGGUCAACUUCAAUCUGGUAAUUAUAAAGAUCUCAUCAUGUUGGGACAAUAUCUGGAUCUCCCAACUCCAGCUCUCAAAGAUAGGGCGUCGGCAGCGGUCAAAGCAGCUUCAAAGCCACCGGGAGGACUGACAGGUACGAUGAGCAGAAUGAAGGUCGAUGAAGGAAGAGAAGAUGAAGGAGAGAGAAUGGCAGAAAUCCUCUUGAGGAUAGCUAGGACUAGACCGGACGUCAGUGAAUUCUUAUCGCACGAAUUCGGUUUACUGAACAGAGGAAGAGUCGAUAAACAAGCUGGCGUUAUAUAG